AUGGCGGGCGCCAAAAAGGGCACCCAUUUCGCCGAGGAUCCGCCACAGGUCCUCAAUCAAGCCGACCUCGAUCGUGCCAACGGACGCCUUAACGAGAAAGACGGCGCUGACGGCGACAACUCCUCCAAGGAAGAUGUCGCUGAUGCCCAGAAAGACCGUAAGGCAAACGGUGUCGAUCUGGAGAAGCUCGGCAGCAACGACAAAUAUGAGAUCACCGAGGACGACUGCUACGAUGAGCUGGGUUUCUCGUUCCCGACCUGGAAGAAAUGGUACAUCCUCACAGUCAUCUUCAUCGUCCAGGUAUCGAUGAACUUCAACACCUCGCUCUACUCCAAUGCCAUUACCGGCAUUUCAGAGGAGUUCAAUGUCAGCGCGCAGGCCGCCCGUUGUGGUGCCAUGAUCUUCCUCGUAACAUACGCCUUUGGCUGUGAGCUCUGGGCGCCCUGGUCUGAAGAAUUCGGUCGCUGGCCCAUCUUGCAGCUAUCCUUAUUCUUGGUCAACAUCUGGCAACUGCCCGUUGCCUUGUCCAAAAACUUCGCCACGAUCAUGGUCGGUCGCGCCUUGGGUGGUUUGAGUUCGGCUGGUGGAUCGGUCACCCUCGGCAUGAUUGCCGAUAUGUGGGAAUCGGACAACCAACAGUACGCUGUUGCGUACGUCGUUUUCUCGUCAGUUGGAGGUUCCAUUCUGGGACCUAUCGUAGGUGGUUUCACAGAGCAAUAUCUGGACUGGCGAUGGUGUAUCUGGAUCCAGCUCAUCUUUGGCGGUGCCGUUCAGGCGCUCCACUUCUUCACCGUGCCCGAAACCCGCACCACUCGCAUGAUGAACAAAAUUGCCCAGAAGCGGAGAAAGCAAGACCCCACAGCCAAUGUCUGGGGUCCUGAUGAAUUGGUUCCAUUCCGCGACCGUUUCUCCGCUAAGGAGAUCCUCAAGACCUGGAUCCGACCUUUCCAUAUGUUCGUGACCGAGCCUAUCGUGCUGGUCCUGUCCUUGCUUUCUGGGUUCUCCGACGCACUCAUCUUCAUGUUCAUCCAAUCCUUUGGCAUUGUUUACGGCCAAUGGGGGUUCUCGGUACCACAGGUUGGACUGGCCUUCAUUUCGAUCGGUGUCGGUUAUGUCAUCGCAUGGAUCAGCUUUUUCCCUGCUAUCAGAAGGAAUAUCAAGCAGCGUGAAGCUAAGCCGGAAGACGAGCGAGUACAAUUCGAAGGACGCCUGUGGUGGUUACUAUGGACUGCACCAUGUCUACCAAUAGGCUUGAUUGGAUUCGCUUGGACGAUUCAAGGCCCGCCAAUUCCCUGGAUCGCAUCUAUGAUUUUUGCCGCGGUGGUCGGUAUCGCCAACUACGCCAUUUACAUGGCGACCAUUGACUACAUGAUUUGCGCCUACGGCCCAUACUCGGCCUCCGCUACCGGUGGAAAUGGAUGGGCGCGUGAUUUCUUGGCCGGUGUUUUGACCGUCCCUGCCACUCCUUUCUUCCUCAACAUUGGAGCUGACAGCGGUCGCAACCUCGAAUAUGCCACCACUAUCCUCUUCUGCAUUUCCUUCGUGCUGGUUAUCGCCGUGUACGUCAUCUACUGGAAGGGGCCGGCGCUGCGCAAGCGAUCGCCAUUCGCCCAGGCUCUAGCCGACGAGGGCGCCAAAGAAGGUCAUCGUCCCAGCAUCAUGCGUGGCGAGUCGGUUUACAACAGCCGCCAGAACAGCAUCGCCGCCGCCGCCACAGGUGCCCAGCGACCCACUAUGAACGGACGCACUUACAGCCAACAGCAACGCUUCUUCGGCGAGAAUCGCUCCGGUCGCAACACACCCUCUGCGAGCAGGUCGAAUAGUGUUGCCAACAUGCACCGCAAGCCUCACCCGGCUGGUGUCGCUCACUGA